CGGAUAUAUGUUCGGGCGAGGAGAACGCACCCUGUUUCUGCCUUUCACACCAUCAUCCUUCGAGGUCGAAUUGAGAACCCCGCAGUUUUCAUACCCCACAUGCUCACCUGAGUCAAGGGGAAGAGAAGAGCGUCGUACGAUAAUUUUCCGUCCAUGCCGUGCUUCACGGAUAUGUUGAAUUUUAAGAUAGAAAUACUCCCCUCUCUUAUUCCUACCGAGACCCCACCUACUCUUCUUCUCAAUUCUCCUUUGGUAUUUUAGUGACUCUUCACUAUGUCUGCAGCAGAAUCAAACCCCCCAUUCGACUCCAUCCUCAUAGUCGGUGCUGGCCCUUCGGGGUUGCUUCUUGCACUUCUCUUAGCCCGACAGCUUCCAAAGAUAGAGAUCACACUUGUAGAUGCCAAUGAUGGUCUCGAUACUCGACCCCGAGCAACCCAUUAUGGUCCUCCGGCUGCUUACGAACUUCGUCGCGCAGGAAUCAUCGAAGAUGUCAAAUCUCAAGGCUUCAUCCCGAAGAAGGUGUGUUGGCGAAAAUUAGAUGGGACAUAUCUCGCCGGUCUGGACGGCAGCGUCAUGGAGGGAAUUACAGAGGACAGAUUAGUGUGCUUGCCUCUUGACCGGCUCGGGAAAAUUUUAGUAGAUCAUCUAAAGUCGCACCCUAAUGUCAGCAUCAAAUGGGGACACAAUGUGACUGGUUUGGGAGAAGAUGCAGAAAGAAGUAAAGCAUGGGUAGAUGUGGACAUAAAGGACCAGUCCAGCACUAGAAGAUUCGAAGCUGACUACGUUGUUGGAUGUGAUGGUGCCAAUAGCCAAGUUCGGAGGACCUUAUUCGGAGAUCUAAAUUUCCCGGGUCGAACAUGGGAUGAGCAGGUGGUUGCAACCAAUGUCUACUAUGAUUUCGAUAAAUUCGGAUAUGAAGAUUCUCAAUUUCACAUCCACCCCGAACAUUGGUAUAUGGCCGCGCGGAUUACCAGAGAUGGGAUGUGGCGUGUAUCUUACGGAGAGCUAGUCGGGCUCAGCCCAGAGGAGCUGAUUGCGCGGCAGCCGACGAAGUAUGAGGUAAUGCUACCCGGACAUCCGAAACCACAUGAGUAUAGGAUUACCAAUAUUGGACCCUACAAGAUACAUCAGAGGUGUGCCGAGAAGAUGAGGGUCGGGAGGUUCCUCCUAGCCGCUGACGCUGCACACCUCUGUAAUCCUUUUGGUGGGUUGGGUUUGACAGGGGGUAUAUGUGACAUUGGCUCGUUGCACGACUGUCUUAUUGCGAUGUAUGAGGGGAAGGCGGACGAUUCGAUUCUUGACGUCUACGACGAAGUGAGGCGACAGAAAUGGAGAGAGUUAAUCGACCCAAUCUCAUCGGACAAUAUUCGAAGGCUAUUUGGCCAAGAUCCAGAAGUAGCUCUAGAGAAUGACGAGUUCCUGAAGAUGUGUAAACGGACGGAGAUUGAUAUCGAGUUUGCACGCCAAGUGCAGAGCGGCAUGGACGCGUUGCGGUACGAUUUUACCCCCCAUUUCAAAGAGAACGUGACAAGAGGGCCGCAUGUUGAGCAAGCGGUGAAGGGCGAGGCCCAUAUCGCAGUCGGGGCGGUUUCUGGAGUCAUAGACUGAGAGCCAGGAGCCCUUGUUGCCGUCGCCUUCAUUCUUAGAUUGGACCUGGGGGUAUCGGACAAGCCUUGGAUGUUGUAAAGACCUUGUUAGAUCGAUCGAUUCCUUCAGGGCUCUAUGUAAGAAACGUGCGCGGAGUUCGUGAGCACUAUCUCAGACUAAGGUAACAUAGUGGAGGAACUAGAGAUUUUUGAGUCUUCUAGGGUUGAGUUUGGAGACUUUCCCUUUUCUAUAUUGAAUAUAGUUAUUUCUUGUACC